AUGGAGAUUCCUGCUGGGUCCCAGCACGCCUUCCCCAGGAGCCUCCUGCUCUCAGCCUCCAUCCUGGCCCUCUGGGUUCCCCAAGGCUCCUGGGCAGCCCUGCGCAUCCAGAAGAUUCCGGAGCAGCCUCAAAUGAACCAGGACCUUCUGCUGUCUGUCCAGGGCAUCCCAAACACCUUCCAGGACUUCAGCUGGUACCUGGGGGAGGAGGCCCAUGGUGGCACAAUGCUAUUCACCUACAUCCCCAAGCUACUACGACCCCAGAGGGAUGGCAGUGCCAUGAACCAGCGAGACAUCGUUGGCUUCUCCAACGGCUCCAUGCUGCUGCGUCACGCCCAGCCCAAAGACAGCGGCACCUAUCAGGUAGCUGUCACCAUCAACCCUUCCUGGACCAUGCGGGCCAAGACUGAGGUCCAGGUGGUCGAAAAGCCUAAGGAGCUGCCCGUUACCAGCCUGCCUGUGAGUGCUGGGAUUGUGGCUGCUAUUGUCAUAGGAUCUCUUGCCACUGGAUGUAUCUUUGUCGGCAGCAUUGCCUAUCUCCUGGUGACAAGAGGCUGGAGGGCUCAGAACCACAGGAUAACAGCCACAGAGAAACCAGAGCUGGGCCCCAGUCAUCGUGCUGGUGAUGACAGGAUCUAUGAAGCAAUACCAUCGCCAGUCCUCCUGGUGUCCCCUUGUGACUCGGGACCCAUGAACUCUGCCACGCCGCCAGACCUGCCUCUGCCCCCGCCCCCACCGCCCCCACUGCCGGGGCCUGAGAACCACCCCUACCAGGAUCUGCUGAACCCCGACCCUGCCCCGUACUGCCAGCUGGUGCCCGCGCCCUGA